GAUAUUUGAUCUUCAAUGUUAAUUCGACGUCGCGUCAACCAAACAUUUCUGACUGGAAAAAUGGCAGAUCGUUUGGAUAUAGUAAUAUUUGGUGCUACUGGAUAUACUGGAAAAUAUAUAGUGAAGAAUGCAGCGCAAAUGUGCAAAGAGAAACAAAUGAAAUUUGGUAUUGCUGGUCGUAGACAAGAAGCAUUAGAAGCAAUCGUUAAGGAAUUUGUCUCAGAUACUGAUGAUAUACCUAUUAUUCUGGCUGAUGUAAAAGAUGAGGCGUCUCUCAAGAAAAUGACCGAGCGAGCAAAGAUACUUAUUAAUUCUUGUGGUCCAUAUAGAUUUUACGGAGAACCAGUUAUUAAAGCUUGUAUCGCUACUUGUACUCAUUACGUUGAUGUCACUGGUGAAGAAGAGUUUAUGCAGAAAAUGCAAUUUAAAUAUAAUCAAGCAGCACAAGAAGCUGGCGUUUACAUAAUAAACGCUUGUGGUUUUGAUUGUAUUCCAAGCGAUUUGGGAAUUAUUUUCACGCAACAGAAGUUUGGAGGAGAAGUCAAUGCUAUUGAAAUAUAUUUGUCACUUUCAACUGACACUAAUGAGAAAGUUUCUAUUUUAAAUUAUGCAACUUGGGAGUCCGCAAUACACAGUUUAGCUAAUAUACAUGAACAACGAGAAUUGCGUGCAAAGUUAUAUCCUACCAAACUACCCGAAUUAACACCUAAAUUAAAAUCAAAAGGUAUACAUCGAAGCGACGCGUCUGAAGGAUGGUCUAUACCAUUUCAAAGUGCUGAUCGUUCCGUAGCUCUUCGCACGCAACGAUUCUUAUACGACAAAUAUAAAGAAAGACCCGUUCAAGUUCAAGUUUACAUCACGUUUAAGUCUUUCUUUGUCUGCCUAGCGGUUACCAUUCUCGGCAUGAUUUUAUUUUUGAUGUCUCGCACAGCAUAUAGUCGCAAUUUACUUCUAAAAUAUCCGACUUUAUUUUCAUACGGUCUUGUGGGCCAUAAAAAUCCGAAAUUAGAAACACAAAAAUCAACACAUUUUUCCAUGAUAUUUAAAGCCUGCGGAUGGACUGAAAAGUUGGCUGAGCCUAUUGACAAAUAUACAAGUCCACUUAAUAAGAAAGUAGUCACGAAAGUCAGCGGUGAUUCUCCUGCAUAUGAAAUGACUAGUAUUGUAGCGAUUUUAUCGGCAAUUACAAUUCUUAAUGAAACUGAUAAGAUACCAGACAACGGAGGAGUAUUCACUCCUGGUGCUGCGUUCGGUAAGACAUCUCUGAUCGAAGAAAUGAAUAAACAUAAUAUUAAAUUUGAGGUGAUAUCAUCUAUCGAGAAAUAGAAAUAGAACGAACGCUCUAUGUUUAGAUGGUAGAAUUUUUUUAAUGCUUAAUAAUUAUGUUCGAUUUUAUAUUAAUAUUUGUCAUUUGAGUCAGUUGAGUAGAAAUUUUUACAUAUUUACGUUUCCUUUUAAAAAGGAAAUUAUAAAAUAUAUAUAAAUGUUUAUAGGAUAAUUAAUAACAUAGCAAUUUCAUAAUAAAGGAUAUUUAUACAGGGUGUCCGGCAGCACUGUUCUCAUCAAUAUUUUGCACAAAUAAGAGCGCGCGGGGAGAAAGCGCUCGCCCGCCUGAUUCGCGCUCUUAUUUGUGCAACUUUAAUAUUUAAUAACUCGAAAAUUAUUGCGAAUAUUGCAAAAUGGUAUAAGACAUUUUGAUUUAUUUCGUUCCCGUCUACUUUCUCCCAAGCGAUGAGGACAGUGCUACGGGAUAUUCCGUAUAUGUGCCAUUUUAUAAUAUUGAA